GGCGCCGGCGGCGUUGCGGCCGUCCCGAGCCCUCUGCGGUGCAGCCCGGAAACCACAAAGUCCCCUCUGUCAUCUCUCCUAGUCCUACUCCAGCCGUCCCAGCCGCUGUCCAACCCCUCCGCCGGGGUUUGUGCAGCGGCUUGCACACCCCUCGGCCAGUGUACGCGCUUUGCACCUGCCUGCCCGAAAACAUGUUGCAGAAACCAGAGAGCGGGGGUCUCCCUAUCCUUCAGGCGGAGGGGGAGAUGGAUGGUGGCCACGACAGUGAGACCCAGGCCAACACCGCCUCGCAGGAGGUGGCCCCGAGCCCCCUCCUGCGAGAGAGCCCCGAGGAGGACCUUGGCGCUGUAAGGGAGGAGGGGGCUGCGGAGCCCUCCAUCACCCUGAAAGGUGCGAGGGCUUUGGCAGCCAAAACCUUGGCCCGGCGCAGGGCCUGCCUCCGUCUGGAUCAGACGGUGACCGAGUUGGUGCAGUUUCUGCUGGUGAAGGACAGGAAGAAGAGUCCCAUCACCCUCUCCGAGAUGGUGAAAUACAUUAUCAGAGACUUAAAGGAUCUGUUCCCUGAGAUCAUCGCAAGGCCCGCAGAGCAUCUGCGGUAUGUCUUUGGCUUCAAGCUGAAACAGCUUGACCGCAAGCACCACACUUACAUCCUGAUCAGCAAACUAAAACCUGAGGAGGAGGAGGAGGAUCUGGGAGGAGAUGGCCCCAGACUGAGUCUUUUAAUGAUGAUCUUGGGCUCUAUCUACAUGAAAGGUAAUAGCGCCAGGGAGGCACAGGUCUGGGAGAUGCUGCGUCGGUUGGAGGUGCGUCCCUCAAAGUAUCACCUCCUCUCUGGGUACUCGAGGAGGCUUAUUAUGGAAGAUUUCGUGCAGCUGAGAUACCUCAAUUACCGGCAUGUUUCUCACACCAAUCCACCGGCAUGUUAAUUCUCUUGGGGUCCCCGAAGCGACCUGGAAACCAGCAAGAUGAAAGUCCUGGGGUUCGUGGCCAGGCUCCAUAAGAAAGAACCCCAGCACUGGCCAGUGCAGUACCGUGAGGCCCUGGCAGACGAGGCUGACAGGGGCAAUGUGGGGGCUAGGGCCAGGGCUAAUGCUAAUGCUGGGGCCGGCAUCCACCCCUGGUGAGGGCCAGCCAGAGGUGGGGGGCGGGGGGAAGUUGGGUA